AGACCCGAACCUUCCCCAUGCAGCUCCCCAAAUCUUCCUUUUUCCCUUGCGCAUUAUAGAUGAUAAAUUUUCGUCAUCGCUGUAGUUGCUGUGUUUCUGAAAAUAUACCUUAGUUACACUAGAAGAUUUGGUCACGUCAUGUGGAUAUGUCAUACUGAUUUUGUUUAAGCCGCAUGAACGGGUAGAGUCUGCUCAAGACCCUGGAAAAAUGGGUGAAUUAUGGACUGUGGUAGUAGGCGGGUUAGUCGAUCUAGCACGAGGAUGAAGCCAUCAACAGGACGCUCUGCUCAUGUGUCAAGGACAACGAUGGGGCGCGAAGAACUAGUCUCUCUCGGGACUUCGUGCCCAUCCGUCAUGCGAGCUUUUGCCCGUCGUGGUCUUGUAUUGGUGGCGUGCUACAUGUGCAUCGAAGACAGUAACACUAUCCUACACGACUUUAAGCAGGGCCAUCGGUUCAGGAGGACAGAUCAUGACAGGCGGACCUCGUCGGCGGGACUGCAACAGGGGCAUCGAAAACACGUCUUUCAGAGGGGGUCAUCAACUACAUUCUGCAGCAGCAGAGACGAUGACUGGCGAUGGCGGGAUUUGCUGAGGGAUAAACAAAGUGUUUCAAGUAGAAGACCAUCCUUACCUGUUGCGGCGAUUCCCUCGUCAUCCUCAUCUUUGCCUCCGACGACUCAAACGACAACCUCUGGCGCUCUUCUCUGUCACAAAGCUCCAAGCCCAGCACGAGCCUCGUCAUCCACCUCCCUCCCUGCCCUCCCGGCCCAACAAUUACCCCAUGAAGAAACAUUCCUACGUUCGGAACCCAGAAUAAGUACUACGCUUUUCGCCGCUGCGCAGACCGACGUGGCUGUUCACCCCAACGGUCCCGACCCCGCCACGUCCAAUAAUACCUGGCCUCCCCUAGACGUCCUCUACGUGGCGCAGCAAGGGUUCUACGUAACCACGGCGCCACCGAUUCCCGAAGGCAUCUUUGACCCGUGCGAGGGGGAUCGGCCACCAGAAACCUACGCCGAAAUAAUGGCUGCGAAAGAGGAAGAGAAACGCGAGGAAGAGCGGCAAAGCUUCUACCUAUUUAUCGCACUUUUGGUGUUGAUCGCGUGCGUCGUGCUUCCGCUCUAUGUCAUUCCGUUUCUGGGGGCGACAGGGUUUUCGGCGCCCUAUACGUUCAUCUAUAAGGUACAACCAUGACCACUAUUUGGUUUCUAUGACCCCUAUUCAGUUUUUCUCACGCUAGGUCUUUGACAGACUGGUCGUGUGCAAGUUGUAUGUAGUCCCUGCUUCAUCUAUGGGUCUCUCAUUUUCCGAUAUAGAGUAAAGAAAUCAUCCCCAUCUACCACACAAAUCUACUACUAUUUCAGGCAUUGACCAUCAACGCUAUCCCCGAGCAGCGAUUGCGCACUCCAUUGACCAAGAACCCAGACGUGAUGGACCUUGAGUACCCCUGGUAUUCUUUUACUGAAGAUAUGCAAUUGUUUCUGCACUCUUGGUGCUGCUACGCGACACGAGUGGCGCACACCUACGACGCAGCCGAGAUCAUGCCGUUCUGGGAAGCGUAUAGAAAAGCAGUCAUCUUCAACUGCUGCGCCGGAGCGGCGUUUUCGGAGCAGCGGUAUCAUUAAGGCUAGAUCCAUCCACAGCGUUACCUUAAUAAAUAGUAGUUCAGUAAAUCAAAUAUAUCUAAUAAUCCUGCGUUCCCUUAUAAAAAUAAGGCUAGAGUUCAUCUUCAUUCUUCUGCUCCUGCAGAUAAUGCAUCCUGGCCGAAGAGGCUUUUCAAGUCGAAGAGGAUGUUUCUCAAGAUGAAUUUAGGUAGGUUCUAAUAUCAAUUGAGAAAGCUGAAGGGUCUGAAUCAUGACUGGUACGAUUUGACGAUGGCCCAGCAGCGAAUGGCGAUGGUCGAGGGCUACAUGUGCGCAUGCUGUUACGCUUACCAUUAAGGCUUCCAUUAAUUAUUCAUCUUUUACUAAAGGGAUCGUCCCUCAAGAAGAGCCGUAUGCAGAUGCACCCCAAUACUACAAGGAAGAUCAUGGUUAAUACUUAGUGAGGCAUAUUCAUCCUGUGAGGGGUGAUCCCCACAGGAAUGAACUCGGGAGAGGUCUAAUAGGAAGAAGCCAAAGAAGUUGACGAAGCAGCAAGGAUCCACAUAUCGUGUUGUUGUCAAGUGUCUGACCUAGAGGACAAAUAUGCGGAAUUCACGGUUGGGCCAGCAAUCAAAGCCGCAGCUGCAGAUACAGAGGUUACGACUCCCCCUAAUCCAUCAGCGGAAGCAUCGUAGCGACGUUUCCAAGGGGAAAACAGUCUCAGGAUGGACUUGGAGAUGGAUUCGGGUGAGCUCUAAAGAGGGUCUGCCAGGAGCUAAGAAGGAAGGCGAAGGUGAUGGAGGGAAAAUAGCUGGCGCGGGGGGAGGGAAGUUUUUAAGGCCAUAAGUUGUUGUCAGGGUUUACUAGUAUUUAUUGCUUAAUCAACAGAGUCUGAGUCAGACGGAGAAGGGGUGAUCCAUGACAUGAUUCCCGGAGAAUCAUGUUACUUGCUUCGCCGUGCUGUCCCCCUAAACCCUAAUAGUAAUCCAUCGUAGUCAUUGUAGUCAUCUUCUAACACCCGAUGACCCAGGCGGCGUACCUUUGACGCAGCUGUCGUUGAGGCAACUCGAAGAGGCCACCGGUGGUGAGCGCGGUCAAGCAAUUCCCGCAGAUCAGAUGUCGUUUGCUUCUAGGGUCAUUCAGGAGAUGGACACGCCAGCAGCGAGGGCUAGGAAGAAAGACCUAGAUUUAUGGCUCGUGAUAAUUCUUUUUCAUUUCCAAAACGAAAAAUUAUACUUUUUUCUGAUUCAUCAUUUGCACCAAAAAUUGUAGUUCCGGGUGUUCUACUCUCCUGUUGCUCAAAUAGCAUCUAAGAGAGAAUUUAGCCGCGUAAAAAGUGAAAAAGUAGAAGUACCUUCUCCGUAGUUGAUCUUCUCCUCUAACAGCUACGAUGUCAGAAGCUACAAGUGUGCAUCCUACCGCACCUGUGAUAGGAAGACAGCGGACUCGGGAGACGCCUUUAGAUGAGGAUAUUGCGGCAGCUGGGACAACGGCGCUGGCUGUGGAAGAUCACGAAGAGGAAGCUGAGUUAUGAUUAUAAUUUCUGAUUGUGGUUACUCUUAAUAUUCAGACGCCGUGGACAUCGGUCGCUCGGCAACGACUUUACUCAGGUCACCUGCCUCGGUAAAGAAUGAUAGAUGAAUUCCUGGUUUUGUUGUAGCAUAGAAGAUGAAGCAUUACACAGAGUUGAGUAGGAGUUUACACAGGUCACCCAUCAUCCUCGGAGUCGAGCCGGUGCCGGUGGGGCUCGAUGUGCAGGAUCCAUGACCAUGACCUAACCUAGCCUUUCAAUCCAAGUGCACAACUACUUUCAGGGUACUUAAGUAAGUGAGUUUCAAUAGACAGCUACCUGCUACUUUCGCCCUCAAAAUGGUUUUCUAGAAACCUAAACUAACGUUUCACAAUCCUCUUCAUCUAGUUCCCUAUAGACAGCUACCUGCUACUUUUGCCCUUAAAAUGGUGUUCUAGAAUCCUCUUCUAAUUCCCUAUUUUCCCGAGGCAACGAAGCGUGAGCUGACUGCCGAAGAGCUUGCUGCCUUAGAGGAGAAGCGACGACGUAGGGAUCUCCGCGAGAAAGAAAAGCGUGCUCUAGAGGGCACCUUAACGGAGGAAGAUAGAAUGGCCAGGCAAGUUCGACUAAAGAGUCUCCAUUUAAGGCUGCCUUGCUGGCUGCUAAUUCAUCUUGUCGUAAAGCAUCUACUAACUUUGUCUUUGGCCUUAUUCCCCAUACUGUUAAAUAUAUGAAUAGUUUAUGGGGAAUCAAUGUUGUAUGCGUAUGGAACCCAUCGAGCCACAAUAAUGAUGUGAGUGACUCUCUCUAGAUGAGAAUAGAUUCUAGAAGGCGCAAGGUCUUCUAAGCCAUGCUCGACAGAAAGCGGCUCAGACACCAGAGGGGGCGAUAGUGGAGAUGAAUUCUAGCAAGCGGAGAAACCAGAUUUAAGGCUCAACUUUCAAUGGUCAUUGUGGUUGGUCACUGGGAUCGCAGCGAGGCUCUUCUUAGAAAACAGGGGAAAACACAGGGAGAACAAGUAGAGGGGUAAAGGGCCCUUUUCUUUCAGCAUCAGUGACCAAUGAAUGCUGAGCUUUAACAGAUGGAGCGGGAUCGAGCAGCGAAGGAGGAACUGCGCAGGAUAAAGGAAAGGGAACGGAUGAAAGCGGAAGGUACAACUUAGAUGUUCUUGAAGAAUAAAGCAAAGGGAACGGAUGAAAGCGGAAGGUAGUUGUAGUUUCUUUUGGAAGAGGUUUUAGGAGGUCAAGUAGAACUCAAUGUUCGAAGUGCAUGGGCUGGAUUAGUAGCAAAGUGAAAUCUAAUUCCAAUACGUCAUAGUGUAUUCGUAUCUCUUCUCAUAUUUCUUCUUUUCAAUUUCCUCCAGGUUUGAUUCCUGAGUCUACCACCGGCGUUUCCUCGACUGACAUUGAUGAUGCAACGUCAGUAGCGCAGACGGAACAGCAAUCCCCUGUUGUUAGGGCUGAAUUUCUACUGCACCGAAUGCUCUACCUACUUAAUAUAAAUAUUGUUUUCAUCCCCAUAAAGACACGAGUUGUAUACCUGUUGUAGAUGAUGAACACUUUUAGAUUCUUAACCUCCAUAUCAUGCGAGUCUUCUGAAGAGUCAGGAGACGGACCAAAGUAGAAGUCGAGUCGCACUCACGCCUAAGACUCCCACUACACUAUAAUCAUCCAUAUCAUCAUCUCCCACUACACCAGUAGACACAAUAACAGAGACUAUAUGUAUAAGGAUCAUACUAGAUUCUUAACCUCCAUAUCAUCUGCUCCCACUACAGACACUCACUCUAAGGAUCAUCAUCAUUUCUAAUUCUUGCGCAGCGCGUGGUACACUCUAUGAUAUCCCGGAGGAGUCCGAUGGGCGCACAGAUGUUUUCUCUUUGCAGACGAAGCAACGAACCGUGAAGAACUCGACGUAUGCAACAAGCGAGACGACUGACGACUCAGAAUACUCCAUUAAGGCUCCACUUUCACUGGUCACCAUUUAGAUUGGGGUCACUGAGAUCAAUGAGGGGCUCGCUCCCGUGAGAGAACAGAGGAAAAUCAAGGGAAAGCAAAGGGAGAGGCAUGGGGCCCUUUUCUUUCAGAAUCAGUGGCCACUGACUGCUACCCUUUAACUCCAGCACCUUUAUCGCGAAGCAAGAAGCCAAGCGGAAGAGGAAGCAACAAAAGAUGCUAAAGAAAAGCUUCAUCGAUAAUGAAAGCGACGUAUUCUUGAUCUCUUGUAACUAUAAAGUAGGCUACACAGAUGCCUGUGUGUGUGUCGGAGAACAUCAAACAUUUUUUAUGGUUUGUGUGUAGAGCCAAUUAAGUAGUUGUGAGAUACAACAAUUGUUGUACAGGAACGAAAUAUCUUCACAUGAUGUCCCUAUAAGACAUACCAUCUACCCCUACACAGGUAUCCGAUGCCAGCACCCAUGCGAAGAAACUAGCAAGAGUGAAAUUACCUUCCGGCGUUUUCACGAAAAAGCAGUUCAAGAGGCUAGAUGAGGACAAGAUCAAAAAAUUGUUUCUAGAGGCAGACGAAGAUCAAUCUGGCUCUAUAACGUUGGAAGAAUUCGGACUGUUUCUAGACAGAAGGUUUGGAGUGCGACCCAGUAUAUCUUAUGGGUAAACUACAACUAGUUCAUGCAGUAAUAGUAAGAGUUUUUUACCACAUCUUGAUCUUUUAUCGCUCCUGGUAGGUGGCAUCUUCCUAUAUAUCUUCUGGAAGCUGCUCCUUCAGUGAUUAUACCACGCUAUUCAUAGCGGAAUCUCUAAUCUUCAACCCUGAACAUGCUGAUGAAGCAAAUCGACGACAACAACGACGGCGAGAUCGACGAGGAAGAAUUCGUGGCCUUCUUUCUGCUAGUCUUGAAGUACGCGAAUAACGCCAAGAAGUUGAACGACUUGCGUACUAAGAAGCUCAUGAUGAAUGUCUGUUCCAACGGAGCUUUGUUGUUGGCCUUUGGAAUACUGACACUGUUUGCCUACAACAGUUCCCGAACAUGUGAGGAGGUGUGCCGCGACGAGACCUUUGCUUGCCCCGGCGAGUCGAGAGGCCAUUGCACCUACACUUGUUUUUUGCCGAAGCCCAUGAAUAUUAAGGCCAUGAUUAGUUUAUCACUUCUGUCCCAUGUGCCAUGUGGAGGAUGCUAGCUGAGUGAAAGCUAGAAGUACUCAGAGAUCUUUCUAGACCAGGAAAUCGCACUCCCAGACAGCAUAUCACUCAGUUCCCAUUGUUUGAUUUCAAGGGGAAACAAAGGGGGACGCAGAGCAUACCACUGACUCAGCCUGGGAGAAUGAAAAACUAGCGUUAAGAAAACCUACGUGGAAUACGGUUUACUCGAUGCGAUGAUGUUUUGGAUGCUAUCCGGUGCGAUCGCGAGCGCGAUCUUCGUCUUCUUCUGCUUACCGAGUAUCUGGGGCCUGGUUGUGAAGUGCUGCGGCGCAAGAAAGGGUGAUGGUGAUACAACGAAGAUUCACUAUGACGACGACUUUGAUCCGGAGAGCUGGGCACCGCAACGACUCCGAAAACAAGUCAAAGAUAUGCACAAAUUGGCGCCGACAAUGGUACAACUAGAUUUGAAUAUGUUCAUUUGCGUGUGAUUUAAUUAUGCCUACCGCCAAUGUCGAUUGUUUGAUAACUUUCGCUACAUUGAAGAUGUUAAUAGAAUGAGUCUAGCUACAUUUUUGAUCCUGUAGCUAGACUCAUUCUAUUAACAUCUUCAAUCUAUCCCAUUAUUGUCUUGUUCAACCUUUCCACAGGUGCGCAAUCAUCGAGUGGAGGAUUAUGCUGCUGCUGAGCGCGAACAGACCCUAAACCAACUGGCGAAAGGCAAUCAGAUCUACUUCCAGCCUCUCGGUCUCGGCAAUGAGGGCAAGAAACACCACGAUCCCAGAGUCCCAGAUCCACUGAAGAUUAUGGAGGCUGAGUUCGAAAAUGAAGAGGCCUUCUUGCAGGCUUUGAGUUUGAAUCCAUUGGAUCCGGUUGCUUGGGUGCCUCCUGGCUUGGCCGACGACUUUUGCGUGCAAGUCUUGCAAAAGGAGGAAGAAGACGAAGAAAAAUCACGGAAAAGACGGCGGAAAGAAAAGUUGAAAAAUUAUGGAACGCAAGAAGUUCGUUGCACUAGUUUUUCGUACUAUUUGUUUUUAGAAAGUUGCCUCUAUUUGUUUUUAGAAAGUUGCCACCUAGUUGUAGAAGCGGGCUCAAUGACAAAUUCUACCUGUACCAACCCUACCUGUUACUACUCUAAUACAUGCUACAAAAACGGGCCAAUCGUGACGCCAUGGAUGCGCUCAACAAAAAGAAUGACGUAGGACACAGUGCUCUUCCGCUAGAAGAUGGUGAUGUGGGUGGCGGAAAUCCUUUUGGAGAGGCUGCCAAACGAUCAUCGGGACGCAGGGGGAAGAAGGUAUCUUCACUUGAUACAUGUUAAUUUAAGUAGUUACCCUAAGCGGCCUAAAAGAGUAUGAGGAGUUGCGACCUUGGAGUAUUAGAGUAGGAAGAUGCACGCAUUUUCUUUAUCCAUAAGCGUUUGAUAUUCUCCAAAUUUACCGCCCCUCUGUCUGUAACGAAAAUUAUGAAUCUUGCUCGUCAGAUACUAGAAACACGCACACGACUGACUAUCAAAGUAAACUCAACAUUACUCUCUCUUGUUUCAGGCUCAAUCCGGCAAAUUGAAGCAUGUGGACACGCGGGAACUGGACAGAAUGGGCCAGUCGCAGAAAGCGCGCGUAGAAGGCAUGUUAGCUGGAAGAGUGUCUGGAGCUGUCCGUAAUCUCGAUUUGCGAGAUGAUGGCAAGACCGAUUAUGAAAACGUCAUUUUGAUGUUACUAGUAUUCGAAAUCUUGAGCUAAUCAACUGAGCAGAUAGAGUUAACUGAGAUGGAGCAAGGAAGAAGAACUAAAUUGGAGGAACUCGUCAAGGCUAUUAAUAUCAGAUCCCAACGAAGCAGGACUCUAGUCACCAUCAGAAUCUUCACCUACGGAUUCUCUCUCCUCCAGUUAACUCUAGUCACCAAGAAUCACCUCUCGGCUUCAACGUUCUCUCUCACUCUCUCCCUCUCCCUCUAAUCCUCCGAAGACCAAGAGGUCGAUGCCCUUUUUCAAGAUGCAGAAGGUCGCGUCAUGCGACAAGAGACGCUGUUACCUGGCGGUUUAGAGGAAGGGAGUGACGGCGAAGGUAGUAUAGAAGAUGAGACCCAAGCACGUGCAAGGAUGGAAGGGAGAGGUGCCAAUUCGUCGCAGAUGGCACUACAACAUUCGCAACAGUUAGCCAUUCCGAUGACAGAAGCGGAGAAGGAGAGAGCGGCAUACUAUGCGAGGCCAAUGUACGAUCAACCGGAAAGCGUGCAGGUGAAUCACGACCAAUGGUCGAACUGGGAGCAAGAAUAUAGAGCACAUCAGAGGUACUGCUUUUUUUUCAAUGGUCAAAUUGGGAACAAGAAUACAGAGGACAUCAGAGGUACUGAGGUGGAGCUGUGUGGUUUCUUAGUUCAGUUUUGCAGUCUACCAGUAUCUUUACACGGGUUUGUAAUUGUACGCGAUGUUUCAAUUUUCGACGUUACAACUUUGGAUUUUAUGAUCAUGGUUCAGUUAGUAUCGAAGAUGACAUCUUGUUCACAAAUAAAACAAGUGCUGAAUUAUAUUGUUCUUCUCCUUGUCCAACUACUAACUUCUCAGUAAUAUUUAUAAAUUAUAAAUACAGGUCUGCGAUACGUAAGCGUGUAAACCAGCUUAUUCUAGCCGCCGGUGAAGAUCCCGAGAAAUACCGCGCUGCCGUGGAAGUAGCCAGGCAGAAUGGUCCCGGUAACGCUUGCAUGGCCUUCGACGAAGAUGACAUAAGGCGUCUAGACCGCAAACUACGUGAAAUGCGGCAAGCCAAGGACCAAGCUGACGCAGAGAGGGAUGAUUAAGGCUUAUUGUCCGAGUCCAUUUCGUGAAGCAUCCUGGGACGGCUUUUGAAAGGGAGAAAGGUCGACGCAGGAUGAUCUUCAAGAUGGAUUAGGGUGAGCAGCUCUAAGAUGAAAAAGUGCAAGCGCAAAUCGCGCAGUUAGAGCAGGCAAUGAUCACUAGGGAGCCCUAUCAAUUGGAGGAAGCGUUAGCGAAUCUCAGUUCGCUCUGUAAGGGAACACGGGAGCAUGCAAGGUUACUGUCCAUCGCGCGAGCAGAGUUGCCGGUAAUACAAAAAGAGGCUGAGAAAAAUCGUGUUGCGGCUGGCUCCCACGCAAUGGCCCCGCAUUGGAGCAAAUACGUUGCGCCGGAUUUUAUGGCUGUCCUCACUGAGUAUCAAACGAUACAUCAGAUUUUUUUGAGUACUUAGCUACCUAAUUGUCGUGAUCCCCGACACUGCAAUCGCAAGCGAUGUCGUUUCAUCUUUUGUUAAAUGAGUCAGUCCAUCUAGAAGUUGGUUCUCUACUGAUUAGCUCCAUCUCUAUCUCUAAUCCCUUCGACGAAGAAAAAGAGCUCGAUCCGAUGCGAUUUCAAGUGCCCGAUCGGAAUAAGGACAAGGCAGAAGAGAAUACAUUGAUGCCUGGAGAGCGGAAGGAUUCACCCAAAAAGAAAACAGGGGCUGCGAGGUUUAAAAUCGGGAAAAUGAAAUCAUGAUAGGCUUUGCCGGUGAUCUCGACAACAGUAGAUUAUGAAUAGAAGAUGCAAAGAUGACCUUUUUUUAGCUUUCAUUCACUGAUAUUAGAUUGUAAGAAUGUUCAUCUCGACGUGACCCCGUGUGGCAGAAGAGAAUCGCUGCAGCGAUGACACUGAUAUUUCUUCUUCUCGACAAUAGUUAUGUGAGUAGAUCCUAAGAUGACACUGAUAUUUCGUCUCAACGAUAAGGGAGAUGUGAUCGAUCCUUUUUAUUUCUGAUGCAACAACGGACAUUGCUAACACCUAGAGGUCCCUCCAUUCCAAUGACGUAUUAUUUAUAGGAUGGACCUCGUCUUUCUGAGCCGUCCUGGCAAGGCGAAUUUUCAUGUUCCUCAUCUUCUGUCUCCCCGAAAGCAUUCCACCCUAGAUUCCACAUGAUUGUAAUUCCACAGGACUCCUCUAGGGUGGAAUGCUUUCGCGAAGACAAAAGAUGGGGGGCCUGUGAUGAGAGUGCAUCACAUGAAGGAAGGAAAAAUGAGCUGUGUCUGAAGACUGCGAGAGAUAGAGGAUAAAGAGUUCUAUCUGUUGUAUUUCCAGUGAGGAGAAGAGACUGAAG